AUGUCGCUGCCAGAGUUCAAGCAAAACUUCCUCAGGGACUGUGUGUCGGCCGACGCCCUCAAGUUCGGCACCUUCACACUCAAGUCCAAGCGCAUAUCGCCCUACUUCUUCAAUGCGGGACUGUUUCACAGGGCUGAUCUGCUCCGCUCCAUAUCCUCGGCGUAUGCCAACACUCUCAAAGUUCAUGGUGAAUCAGACCCAUCCUUCCAAUGGGACAUUCUCUUCGGCCCUGCGUACAAGGGCAUCCCACUCGCCGCAGCCACAGUCGAUAAGCUCGCUGAUCUGGACAUGAAGACGUACGGCAAGAAGAGCUACAGCUUCAACCGCAAGGAAGCCAAGGACCACGGCGAAGGCGGUAACAUUGUGGGCGCGUCGCUCAAGGGCAAGAAGAUUGUCAUUGUCGACGAUGUCAUCACUGCUGGCACUGCUAUCCGCGAAGCCAUUGACAUCAUCAAGAAGGAGGGUGGUGAGCUUGUUGGUAUCAUUGUUGCAUUUGAUCGCCAGGAGAAGACUCCCACAGCGACCGACGACGACGGCAAGCCCGGACCAAGUGCCAUUGGAGAGGUCAGGAAGCAGUACGGCAUUCCAGUGCUCGCCAUCUUGACGCUGGACGAUGUUGUCGAGUACCUGAGGGGACUGGGUGGUGAGGAGGAUCUGAAGAGGCUGGAUGAGUACCGGGCGAAGUACAAGGCAAGCGACUAA